UGACAGCGCUCUUUGUCUUCUUGACUUAGUUUACGUUGGUAGCUAGCUGGCUAACUUAGCUAGCUAGACAGCUUUCUUUAUUUAAAAAAAUGUCUAAAAUAGAGAACUUGAGAGUGUUUCUCAACCAGAAAUUGAUAGCGGCAGCUGAGGAGAUAUUUGGUGUCGUUGAAGAAACGAUAGCAGAGUACCAGGAAGAGGUUUAUCGCACAAAGGAGGAGAACAGGCAUCUACGGAGCAUGCUCGAUGUCCGCACUAAGCCACAGAUCAAGUCACAUAGUCGAGCAGACCUCCAGCAGCUCACUGUCACCGUGUCUGAUGAGGUGUUUUCCCCUGAGCAGCAGGAGUGGAGCCCCAGUCUGGGGCAGAAGGACCCAGAACCCACACAGAUUAAAGAUGAACAGGAGGAACCAAGGAUCAGUCAGGAGGAUGAGAAUCAUUUCAAUGAGUUUAUCAAUUCUUACGGCUGUGUAUCAAGUGGCUAUUAUCAGAACCCAACUCAGUCCUCACAUGGAGAGAGAUACUCUCUACCCAGCACCUCAACUGAACAGAUCAAAACAGAACCUUAUGUAGAAGACUAUGGUGUAUCAGAACCAACCAGAGAGUCUCAGCCCUUUUCUGCAGUAGGUACAGUGUUUUCUGCAGCUCAGAGUGAAAACAGAGGACAUAUUGACAGGAUGGAGAGUGGAGGACCUCUGUCAGGUCUACCGUUAAAGCUACUCAAAUCAAAGAGAACAAAGACAGUAAAAGGACAGCGUUCUCAUAGUGUUAAGGACAGGAAAUUGAACCAUCUAAAAUCACACUCGAGACCCAGUGUAAGCUGGGAUGCUGCUCCUAGUUGUAAGGUAUGUGGAAAGCAAUUUGACUCCAUGGCUUCUUUAUUAAAUCAUGUGCAAACGCACACACAGGAUAAAGAACAUAUUUGUGGUGUGUGUGGAAAAUUCUGUCAGUCCACAGAAAGUAUGAUAGAUCACCUACAAACUCACAUCGGAGCAAAGUGUUGUCAUAUUUGUGGUAAAUAUUUUGCUUGGGAUACUUUCCUGAAAAGGCAUUUGAGGAGUCAUACAGGGGAGAAGCCGUUUCACUGUCAAGAUUGUGGCAAAGGAUUUACUCAGCGCGGACACCUAAACUUACAUAUGAGGAGCCACACAGGGGAGAAACCACAUCAAUGCCAGGAUUGUGGCAAAGGAUUCAGUCAGAGUGGAAACCUGGCUGUGCAUAUGAAGAGCCACUCUGGGGAGAAACCACAUCGCUGCCCUGUUUGUGGCAAAUGUUUCAGCAGAAACCCUGAUCUGACAGUCCACAUGAGGACUCAUACAGGGGUGAAACCAUAUAAGGGCAGUGUUGUGGCCAAGAAUUCAAGCAGAAUUAUCACCGGAAACUACACAUGAAGAUCCACAUGGGAAAAACCAUAUCAUUGCCAUCUUUGUGACAUGUAUUUCAGCACUAGCACCCAGUCAACCUGGCAUGAGAUUUCACAUGGAAGAGAAGGCGUC